GAAAGCGAAGAAGUGCAAACAUGUUGAACUCUCAUCAGCAACAUCCCGGUUAUGGAUUCCUCUCCGGUAUGGAUCUGCACACGGUCCACCACGUGGGCCAGGACAUGAACGUGGCCACCAAUCAACCGUUAGCAGCGUCCCAGGAGCAACACAUUAAACGGCCGAUGAACGCGUUUAUGGUGUGGUCGAGGAUACAGCGGAAGAAGAUAGCCCUGGAAAAUCCUAAAAUGCACAACUCCGAGAUAUCGAAGCGGCUGGGCGCCGAGUGGAAGCUUUUGUCCGACACGGAGAAGAGACCGUUCAUCGACGAGGCGAAACGUCUCCGCGCCAUGCACAUGAAGGAGCACCCGGACUACAAGUACCGUCCACGAAGGAAGCCGAAGGUGCCCGUUUCGGUGGUUCCAGGAGCGAAGACCACUUCCAUGAGCCCGGGUGGCUUCCCCAGUUUCCCUCUGCCGCCAUAUNAUCGUCCCAACAAGUAUCCACGGCAACGUCAUCCACCACGCUGGAUCUCGAGCAACUGCGUCGGCCAGUCUCCGUAAUAUUCUAGAUCGUCCGAAUCAUCCGUCUGUUAUAGAUUCCAACGAACGUUGAAUGAUCGUGAAUGAUCCAAGUUUCGUGCUCGUGAAACGAAAUUGGAAGAUGAUCCGUGGUGAACGAAUAGGUAGAAGGGAGGGACGGGAAGAAGGAGAGUUCAGACUCGAGUUUAUACAUAUAUAUAU